GCGCGCGCGGCCGUGUUCUCGAGCGCCGCCGUGCCGCCUCUUGCAGGGCAUCGGGACCUGACUCGUUUCGGAGUCUGGCAGGUUGGCAUCUUGCUGCCUCCGGAGUAUCGGAGCCACCCCUCCCUACCCUCUGCGGCGCGCGCAUCCACAGUCGGCGGCAGCGCGCCUAUAUUGGUCACACCGCAGCCGCCGCCGCCGCCGCCACCGCCGUCCUCGAUUCUGCUCACAAAGGACCCGCAGCCCUCGUCGGAAAUAUAAUGGCAAAGGAGCGGCUCCGUGGGACCUUCUAGACGCGGGCGCCUCGCGGCACAGUCAAGACGGGGGCCACUAUGAGUGAGGAGCAACCAGUCACCCCCAGCUGGCUGACCCCUGACACCACAUGGACCAGUGGGGGCAUGGUGGCAGACAAUGUCACCGUGGCGACACCUCUGCCUGCUACCACGGCGCCCCGUGGCCCAGCGGCACUGGUCAACCCGUGGGACAUAGUGCUGUGCAGCUCGGGAACACUGAUGGCCUGCGAGAACGCGGUGGUCGUGCUGGUUAUCUGGCAGAAUCCAGGUCUGCGGGCCCCCAUGUUCCUACUGAUCGGCAGCUUGGCGCUGGCGGACCUGCUGGCUGGACUCGGCCUGGUGCUGCAUUUCGUGUUCGCCUAUCUGCUGCGCUCCAACCCGGCCCAGCUGCUCACGGUAGGCUUGGUCGUGGCCUCCUUCUCAGCCUCUAUCUUCAGUCUGCUGGCCAUCACCAUCGACCGCUACCUCUCACUCUACUAUGCCCUCACCUACAACUCGGAGCGCACCGUCACCUUCACGUACACCAUGCUGGUGCUGCUGUGGGGUGUGUCCUUGUGCCUGGGUCUUCUUCCCGUGACGGGUGUCAACUGCCUGGCCGCAGAGUCCACCUGCAGUGUCGUGUGGCCUCUCACCAAGAACAACGUAGCUGUUCUCUCUGUCUCCUUCCUGCUGCUCUUUGGCUUGAUGCUGCAACUCUACGUGCAGAUCUGCAAGAUUGUCAUGCACCACGCCCACCAAAUUGCCCUCCAGCACCACUUCCUUGCGGCCACGCCCCACUACGUCACCACUCGCAAGGGUGUGUCCACGCUGGCCAUAAUCCUCGGGACCUUUGCCGCCUGCUGGAUGCCCUUCACCGUGUACUCUCUGGUGGCUGAUUACACGUACCCGCCCCUGUACACGUACGCCACCCUGGUGCCAGCCACUUACAACUCGGUCAUCAACCCGCUUAUCUAUGCCUUCCGGAACCAGGAGAUCCAAAAGGCGCUGUGGAUGGUGUGCUGCGGGUGCGUGCCCUCGAGUGUCCAGCGGGCUCGCACCCCCAGCGAUGUGUAGCGCAGCCUGAAAGCUGGCUCGGAAGGUGGAGGGAGGGUGAAACUUGCUCCGCGCAAACCCUUUUCUGCUGGGGGUGGCGAGAAGAGGGUCGUUUUUUGUCUCGCCCCAA